AUGCCUCGCGGAGUCGAAUUCUCAAAAGACAACCAAGUCUCCGACAACCCCAUUGAGGCCGGCGAGACCAAAGUCCACGGCACAAACCCCGAUUAUGACCACUUGAACCGCGUCGACCGCACCGCGCCGCUCCCCGAAUCCACCGGCUCAUCGGAACCCUACAGCGGCCAGGGGCAAUACAAGAACCCGACUGGCAGCGGGAAGGGCGGCCAUGAGCCCAACACGCUGGGCGAGAACAAGGGUCUUGGUGCCCACAAGGCGUAA